AUGUUCACCAGAGUAACCCCUGAGGUGUUCGAUGAUAUCCCUGCGAGAGUUGCACCAGUCAUCCAGAAGCAAGAGACUAACUACAGGCACCCUUUGUCCGCUGGCCUGGCAAUCACCUUGAGACAUCUGGCCACUGGGGACAAAUACAGAUCACUGGCAUAUGGUUUCAGAUGUGGUAUCUCAACCAUAUCAGAGUUGAUUCCAGGAGUGUGCAGGGCCAUUGUAGAGGCGUAUAAAGAUGAGGUCUCCAACAUACCUACCAUCCCUGAAGCAUGGAGCACAAUUGCCCAGCAGUUUGAACAGAGAUGGAAUAUCCCCCAUGCAAUUGGUACCUUGGAUGGAAAGCAAACAGCCAUUAAGAAGCCAGCAAUCACAGACAGUCUCUACUACAACUAUAAGGGCUUCUUCUCUAUACCACUGCUGGCAUUGGUAGAUGCAGAGUACAAGUUCAUCUGGAUUAAGCUGGGAGUAAAUGAACACAUGUCUGAGCUACCUAAAUAA